UGGAGCCGCAGGGCCUAGUGUUCACGAAGAUUGUCUAGACUUCUGGCUCUGGUACUCGAAACAAGGAGCCAAGAUGUCGUAGAUGUCGCUUCAACUCUUCUCAGCACAGUUUCUCUUCUGUUGUGUGAAUGAGCUAUGGGAACGAGCCAUAGUCGACAUUGGGAAAAAAGAAACAUGAGCGACGAAGAUUUACUGGCUCGUUUGGCUACCGCCGCUUAUAAAGGUUGUGAAAGGGAUUUGAAGAAUUUAUUGAAAGCAGGCGCUUUUAAAUUUAUAAAUGAAUUUACAAUGCAUGGCAAGUCAGCAUUACAUAACGCCGCAAGAAGUGGACAAUGUUCGUGUGUUAAAAUCUUACUUGAACAUAAUGCUUAUGUGAAUAUAGCCUCGUAUGAUCGCCGAACACCGCUAAUGGAAGCGGCAGAGCGUGGAUAUACUGAGUGUUUGAUAAUGCUUUUAAACUACGGUGCUGAUCCAAAUACAGUAUCAACAGAUCAAAUGACUGCACUACAUUUUGCCGCGAGAAACGGUCAUUCGGAUUGUGUUGAGAAACUGUUACAAAGUGGUAGUAAUGUAAAUGCUAUUGCUUCGGGAGGAUGGUCGCCUUUGCAUUUUGCUGCGAAACAUGCACAUUCAACUUGUGUCAAGUUACUGCUUCAAUACAACGCUCAAGUUGAGCCGCCGACAACUGGCGCUUUUAGAUGUAUUGGUUCUCCAUUGCAACAUGCCGCAGCAUUUGGUGAGUCGUCGUGCAUUGAACUUUUGCUAAAUGCUGGAAGUAAUGUAAAUAGUACAGAUGAGAAAGGAUGGACGCCAUUGCAUUUUGCAGUCUCUAAAGGAAGGUUACAUAAUGUGGAAACAUUGAUUAGGUAUGGUGCAGAUGUGAAUGCGGUUACAUCCUUUAAAGACACUCCUUUACAUAUCGCUGCAUUUUAUUGUUUUCAAGACUCUGCAUUAAGACUUAUACAAGCUAAUGCUAAGUUAAAAUGUCGGAACGAACAAAAUGGUGAAACUCCUAUUGACCUAGCGAGAAAGCGCCAAUUAAGAAUUUAUAAACAUAUGGAAAGUAUUUCACGGACUCCACCGACUCUUAAAAGUCAAUGUUGCUCUCUGAUUCGUCAGAGUCUCAAACCAGACGUUGUUACGAGGGUAAAAAAAUUAUCAAUUCCACCAGAAAUGGAGAAGGAGAUCCUUUAUCCAAAAUUUCCUAUACUAAAGGAAUGAAAGGAGGGAAAAAUGAAAUAUGGAGCAAUGUUCUGUGCCAAGUUUGGAAUCCCAUUUCCAACUUGAAUAUGAUACCAUCAUCGCUAAUAGCUGCAUUGUAGCAGCUUUAAAAAGGAUCGACAAAAUCAUUCAUUUCAAUGUUACUCCACAGUGUAGAUACACAUCAUGUAUCCCUUGGACAUUAUAUCCCAACACCGUGUAUCCGCAACCGCAAGUGAAACCACCUAAUUUAUUGGCAAAAUGCAGGAGCUACCACAUAGACUGUAAAGGCAAGGAACAGUCGACAUUCAGUAUGGAUAAUAUUAAUACAGUACGAAGUACACAAUAAACUAAUUUCGUUUGCUAUUGUAGUUCAUCCUUACAACUCUUAUCUCAUUUGCUUGUGUUCCAUUUAAAUCACCUUCAAUGCUUCAAGUAACCGAAUACGUGUGGAAAUAAUACCAUAAUCAAGUGGUGAACCCAUUAGUCGAGCCCCGCAAGUGUAAAAUGAGCCUUAACUAUUUUAGUAAUUGCGAUUUUGUUUAGUGUGACAUGAUAUUUCGUUGUUCGAAAAUAAGUACACACCGGUGAUACUCGCUCUGUUAAAUCACUGAUUGAUGAAAUUAUCAAUUUCUGAAUUGGAUUUCGAAUAAUUAUAACAACAUAAAAUAUCCUAAAUCGUCUCGCUGGCUACGGCACUUGGCAGAACUACAAUACAAAAUAGCAAAAAAGCAAAACAAUUCUUAUUAUAACGCUGUUACGAUAUUUUUUGUGUAUACAAUUUCAGAAACUAGCCAUAAUAUCGGAGUGCUUUUGCUUGUCUGUCUUUUUCAAUACAAACAAGGAGUUAAAAGUUAUUCAAGAUAUGUAUUAUAUUUCAAUACAAUACAAUAUAUUUCUCAGUACUCCGCGCUCUAGCACUGUAUGUUCAGUGUAUUUUUACCAUUUACGAGUAAAUGAACGUUGUGGCUCUUCUUAAAAGCAUAAGUUGAACCUCUGUUGAGGUGCAACAAAGUGUUUAGUCGUCUUGGUGGCGACAAUGGAGUGCCUCUUUAGAAAAAAUUUCUAGGACUUUUUAAGAGGUUUACGCGUGUUAAAAUCCUUAAAAAAUUCUUUAUAUGCCUGCCAUCAGUGCCAUGGUCAUACUAAAAGUUGUUAAAAUCACUGAUAAACGCUUGUCUGAUCUAAAUUCUUUCACUAUAUUGCAGUAAAUUGUACUGCCAAAGAACAAAUUUUUUCAUAAAGAUAUAAUUUGUCGUGUCUUUGUGUUUUUAUAUCAAUCUUUCAGAAAUAUUAUGAAAAUAUGAAGUAUAAUUACAAUUACCUAGCUGAAAUUUUUGACCUUCUAAAAAUAUCCGUGGCUUUGGUUUCAUUUUGAAUAUGCGAAAAUCAUUUUAUACUUGUUGUGCAAGAGAAAUUCCGGUUCACCACUUGAUUUUGAUGCUAGGCUCUUUCUGAUUUUACGCGAGGGAAAGUUUAUAUUGCGCAGGUAUUUGAUAUUUGGCACAAUAAUGUCACGCAAUGUGAACUUCUUGAAGAAGUGAAUUUAGUCUAAAAUCAUUUUUCAUUCUAUAAUUUCCGUGUUUAGGAUGUUUUAUAAUAUCACAUGAUCACGCUACAGUCAUUACCAUUCAUUUUCAUUCAACCGCAAAUCUAUACUGAUGUUAUAAUAUUAUUUUAACUCAUUUGGCAUUUCAACAUCGUCACAUCGUUUGAUUUAUCAAAUUCCGGUUGGUGUAUGAAGAGUCUGCCAAUUUUUAUGCGUAUAUAAAAUGAAAGAAGUAAUUUUACAUAUCUAUAAAAUUUUAAACCGGUAUUUUUGUCAGUCAUCAAGGUGUGACACCCAUCUACUGGCCUCAAUGAAUCGCGAAUCGCUGGACUGUUCAAUAUUAUAUCUUAUUCAUUAUAUCAUUAUAUAUAGAAAUAUUUUGGAGACGACAUCGAGGCAUAAAUAAUUCAGUUAAAAUGAUCGCUUCCUGCGAAAAUUGUCCAAACUUCUAAGGCCAGCGUUUCAUUGAGGUCAGUUAAGUCAAGUGGUGAUGUAAUCAUUCCUCUAUCGAUUGUAAAAGAGUUGGCAGGAUUGAAUAUAUAUGUGGUCUUUCGGAAUACCUGUUUUGCCAAUACACAAUUCAGAAGUCGUCUGGGUUGCAAAUUGUCUGUGUUGUUAUAUGACAUUGUUAUAUGAGUGGUUAGUUUAAUGAAAGAAAUGUAUUCAAAAAUUUUAACCCAUCCAUAACUACAUAUGUACAAAAAUCUUGUAAAAACAAAGGACAUUAAAUGUACAGUUGACGUACUGUCUUCAUAUAAUAUGAGAUAUAUUUUAAAUUA